ACAUAACCAUCCAGAAAAAUUUUACCCGCAAAAAGGCGAAUGAUUACAGAAUUCUCAAAUUCUGCCUUUUGAGAAUAGUUUGGUGUGAAAAUAUAAAUCAAUGGCUGGUGAUUGAAUGGUUAAAUGGCUGAUAAGUAAAUAUUAUUUAGAGUACAGUGGAUUGUUAUUAAAAAGUUAAAAAUGCAUAUUUUAUGCUCAAUCUGUAGUGACCUGUUGAACCAAGCAGAGAAUAUAUAUGUCACAAAAUGUGGACAUAUGUUCCAUUAUCAAUGCUUAUCACAGUGGAUAGAGAGGUCACGGACCUGUCCACAAUGCCGCAACAAAGUGACGGAGCGCUGCAUGUACCGCCUGUUCCCCAACGUGUCCAACGAGGCGGGCGGCGAGGACGUGGCCACGCUGCAGAGCCGGCUCGACGACGUGCUGCUCAAGCUGCGCCAGCACCGCGCCAGCUGCAAGGAGCACGAGGACAAGGCCGCGGAGACCGAGGCGCAGCUCAACAAGAAUGUGGCUAUAGUUAAAUCAUUGGAAAAGCAAUUAGCACAACGAGAAACUGCCUUCUCUGCAUUGAAAGAACAGCUGGAGUACUUGAAGAUACAGAACUCGGAGACGCAGAAACUGAAGGAGGAGAAUGAGAAUUUAAAGAAGAACAUGCAAACACUAAACGGACUGCAGAAGGUACUGAACGCCACCAGCGCUGAGGUGGAGGAAAUGUUGGAAGGCUACACUGAUGUCAAGACGGUCGCUACCUUCGCCACUGCCCUUAAACGCGCGCUAUGUGAGAGUGAGAACAAGAAGAACGACACCCGCGACAGACUGCAAGCCGUCAAACAAAAACUUGCUGCUGAGAAGUCCAUCGUUGCUGAUCUACAGAGCAAGCUAGCGUUAGCGGAUGACAGACUGACGACCAUAUGCCGCAAGUACAAAGCCCUGAAGCACAAGCGCAAGUCAGACGCGCUAGAAGUGCCGUGCGCGCCGGACUCGCCCUCCACCUCCAAGCGGCUAAAGCGCGACCCGGACCCGCUCGUGGACCUCACCGACAACAACAACAGCUUUAAUACAAUGGUGGUGAAUAUAGAGAACUCAGACUCACCGUACUUGCGUCUGCAGCAAAGCAGCCUGGCGCUUUCGACCCUGACCCUUGCCACGCAGCCCGCGAACCCUGCUAAAAGCUUGCCGGAUAAAAACCUCAAGCCUUCGGAAUAUGCGGUUCUGAACUCAGCAAGAAAUAUCCAGAAUUCAAAGCCGAGCCAAAGUAAGAGCACGAGUAUUUUUCAAAAAAAGGACCCGACGAAAAUUUCUUUAUCGCAGGAAAACGAUCCGAAUCUCUCUCUGAUGAACAUCUCCUACAAUGGUUUAGGAGGACAUUCCAAGCUGGACACAUUUCCCACACCCAAGCAACCUGAACCCAAAACCCGCAUACCCAGGUUGACGGCGAAACACAAGUUGAAACGACCCGUACAGACGGCAUCCAGCAACCAGGAUAUUCGCAAAAUGUUGCAAAACAUUGAUUGAAUGUAUUCAAGUAAUUGAAGUGAACAAAAUAGUCAAAACGAACCAGUAAACAAGAAUAAAAGAUGAGAAAUACACACAAAUCUGAACUCCGUUACUCCACUCACUCAAGUCUGGCAAGUUCGUUGAUGACACUCCCAUGAUAUGCGGGCGACGGGGGCAAAGACUGCGCUGGUGUGAAAUCCUGCGUGCGGGAAGUGAGGUGCAUCAGUUGUGGGUUUUUCAUUCAUCGAUACACGUCCCCCGGUCCGCGCGGACCAUCAGGAGUGUUACGAACAAAGUUGCCAUGCUAUACAUUGAGUUCUUCACUCUGACCAAUUAUUGUAUAGGACCUGUCUCACUAGACGUUACUUUUUUGCCAAAGUAUAUGAUCAACGAUCUAAUGCGAUUAUAAAAACUGUCUCUAUAGAAUCGAUGUUUUAACGUUGUAAUCGUUGCGAUACUGGUCCUUCUAUAGUCUGAGGUUUCUCACUGUAUAAGUCAACAUCACAAUUAUGAUCUCAAAUAGCUUUAAGUUUGAUAUUCAAUAUAAAUAUGAGCCUAACACAUUCUUGUGCCUUAUUAAAAAUACACUUUUAUCUCAAACAAUGGUGUAAAAAAAGAACAAUCGAGAUACAGAUAUUCGACACUUUCCAACAGUUUUUAAAGUUACCCCAUGUUGAACGCAGGCCAUAUAGACCAUACUGAAAAUCAGCCAGUAAACUGAUACAAAAUAAAGUCAAAAACCACUUAAAUAGCGUAAACAAGAGAAAUAAAGAUCUUGGACACUUUCCUUGUCCACAACCUAAAGAGACAGUGCCUGAAGCAUUUCCAAGUAAAUGAAGAAUCACAAGAUGAAAUGACAAUGUCGGCAGUCAGGAUGUAGACUAAUUGUAAAGAAAUAAGAUAAAUUAAAGACUAAAAAGAGACUGUUAAUAAAAAAUAAAGGAUAAGUGAAUUAUGUACAGGGAAAAAUGGACAAAUACAGGACGCUUAAGUGUUGUAUAAGUGUUGUCAAUGUUUUAAUUGUGUUAAAUAUUUAUGGAUCUACAUAGUUUAAAUGUUAUUAAAAGUAUGAAUUGGUAAUUUUUGGGAGGCGCGAGGUACAUUGGGCGCGGGCGCAAAUAAUUAUAUUAAUAGUAUGUAGUGCACCAUGACAUAUUGAGAUGAAAGACAAAAAUGUCGACCAAUAGAAUGAAUAUGAAACUAUGGGAUCGAAGAUAUCGUUCUCUCAUUCGUUUUGUUGGCACAAAAGAUAUUUCAACUAUUGGUCAAUAACAUGUAUUUUUGCCUUGCCUAUGAGAUAGGUAUGACCCUGAUGCAUGCUAAAAAUUUAUAUAUUGGGUAGGUCUGACAAUAAUCUAUCAAAAAAAACAUCUAUUUUACAUGCCCCUAAAUGCAAAAUAAUGUUUGCUGGGUCAGCUAGGUAAGAUAGAAAAACGAAAAUUGACAGGAUAUUUGUAAAAUAAAUGAAAAAAUCUAAAUAUUUAACGUUAAAACAUUUUAGAUUCCUGACAAUUGAUUUUUUUUAUUAUGAGAAGUAUAAACAUAAACGCAUAAAUAAUAAAGAUAUCAGUAAUCGUUUUUAAACGCCCUUACAAGUAUAUUCGUUCGUUCGUUCACACCAAAGCUAUAUUUAAUAUGGUUUUUGAGUGAUCUACUAAUCUAAGAAGAUCUCUGUAUCUCAUAAAGUAGUCAUCACAGAUACUGUCACUUUGGCGAAAUUUCCCUACUAUUAUACUUUUAAUACAAUACAAAAUGUCAAAUACCCAAUUAGAUUAACCAAUGCUGGAAUACAAGUGUGACAUCACCAUUUGAGCACUUUGGAAUAACCUAAGUCCUUGCGCCUCUAAUAUUACGUGUAGUUUAAGAUUUUUUGUCCCUCCGGUUAUGUUAAUUAUUUAGUAUUUAUGUAAAUAUUAAUUUAUUAUCUAUUAUAAAAAUAAGGCAAAAGAAACUAAAAAUAAUGUUAGUUUUUUAAAUGUCAAAUUAAUUAAUGAUGUUAAACUUUAAAUAUUUAUAACUUAUGAAGUUCUGAUUGUUUACAAUUAAAUCGAAACUACCCUCCUGAUAAAUUUUGUGAUGUGAAUAUUUUUCCCAUAAUUUGACGCACCUAGUUAUUUUGAAUGCCAUAUUAAUAUCUAUAAAAUACUGACUUAAAAAAAAUCUUAACUUUCAUGUUUUAAAAAAAAAAUAAAGGUAGUAGUAGAAUGUGUUUUAUGUAUAUAAAUUUAUAUGUAUUAGUAUCAAAGCAUUGGAUGUGUUGCCUCAACAUGAAUAUAAAUUUAUUUGUGUUAUAAUAGGCAUAUAUGUUUAAAUUACUAUUUGUGUGAGCUGAGAGACUCUCCAGUCAAGAAAUUUUAUGUAUUAGCCAAUAUAGAAACAAUGAUUUGUCAAACAGUUGUAAGAAGUUAAUGUAGGGGUUGUUCGAUAUUAAUGUGUAAAUAAAAACAUAUAAAAGUGGUAA